UACAGCAAGGAGGUCACAGAGAGCUGAAGCACAGACUUUCUUAAGUUUCCUUUUGACAGCAGUGGUCUGGUACAAGAUUGGAAGCAAUGCUUCGUGUAAUUGUGGAAUCUGCUACGAAUAUCCCCAAAACUAAGUUUGGGAAACCAGAUCCUAUUGUUUCUGUUAUUUUUAAAGAUGAAAAAAAGAAAACAAAGAAAAUUGAUAGUGAACUCAAUCCUGUUUGGAACGAGAUUCUCGAAUUUGAUCUGAAAGGGAUAGCUCUGGAUAUUUCAUCAUCCUUGACAAUUGUUGUGAAAGAUUUUGAAACAAUUGGACAAAACAAAUUAAUUGGCAGUGCAUCGGUAGCGCUUAAGGAACUUGUGGGCAACCAGAGUAGAUCUCUUCCCUACAAGCUUGUUCCCUUGCUGAAUGAAAGGGGGCAAGGAACUGGAGCAACGAUUGAUCUGGUGGUAGGAUAUGAGCCACCAGCAGGCGCUACAAAUCCAACUGAUCCUGGGGGGACAAAUAUACAAGACACUGAAGAGGGAGAAGAAGAUAGAGGUUAUGAGGAUGAAGUGGAUGGCACAGCUGGUGGAAUUGCCCCAGCAGUUCCAAGUGGCACAAAGGAAGCCCAGCUUGCUCGGCGCAUCGCUAAAGGAAAGAAAAGUCGGAGAAUCCUUUCAAACAAACCACAAGACUUUCAGAUUCGUGUUAGGGUCAUUGAAGGUCGCCAGUUGUCUGGAAAUAACAUAAAACCAGUAGUCAAAGUUCAUGUUUGUGGUCAGACGCAUCGGACGAGAAUCAAAAGAGGGAACAAUCCAUAUUUUGAUGAGAUGUUUUUCUACAACGUCCACAUGACCCCAUUAGAGCUGCUUGAUGAAACAAUAAGCAUUCGGGUGUAUGAUUCUUACUCUUUACGAGCAGACUGUCUAAUGGGAGAAUUUAAGAUUGACAUUGGCUAUGUUUAUGAUGAGGAUGGCCAUGCAGUGAUAAGGAAAUGGCUUCUACUGAGUGAUUCUGAAGAUGCAAACUCAGGAGCUAAGGGAUAUAUGAAAGUCAGCUUGUUCGUCCUGGGAGCAGGAGAUGAGCCACCAGUGGAAAAAAGGGAGCGAGAUAAUGAAAAUGAUGAUGUGGAAAGUAACCUUUUACUACCAGCUGGCAUUGCACUUCGAUGGGUCACUUUUCUUCUUAAAAUCUACAGAGCUGAGGACAUUCCCCAGAUGGAUGAUGCUUUUGCACAGACUGUCAAGGAAAUAUUUGGAGGAGAAGCAGACAAGAAAAAUCUCGUUGAUCCAUUUGUGGAAGUUUGUUUUGCGGGAAAGAAGGUUUGCACAAAUAUAGUUGAGAAAAAUGCUAAUCCAGAAUGGAAUCAAGUUGUUCAUCUUUCAAUCAAGUUUCCCUCAAUGUGUGAAAAAAUAAGACUAACAGUGUUUGACUGGGAUCGUCUUACCAAGAAUGAUGUAGUAGGAACAACAUAUUUAAGGCUCUCCAAAAUUGCUGCUUCUGGUGGAGAAGUUGACGAGUUUUCAUCUUUGGGAGCUGGGUCUUCAUCAUAUGAAGUAAGUACAGGUGAAACAGAAAUCGGCUUUUUACCAACAUUUGGGCCCUGUUACCUAAACCUGUAUGGAAGCCCAAGAGAAUAUACAGGAUUCCUGGACCCGUAUGAUGAACUAAACUCUGGAACGGGGGAAGGAGUGGCUUACAGAGGCAGAAUCCUAGUUGAAUUAUCUACAGUACUUGAAAGCAACCCUGUUAAUAAAAAAAUAGAGGCGUUACCCAGUGAUGACAUACUGGUUGUUCAGAAAUAUCAGCGUAGACGAAAGUACAGUCUGGCUGCUGUAUUUCAUUCUGCUACCAUGCUGCAAGAUACUGGUGAGCCUAUCCAGUUUGAAGUUAGCAUCGGUAAUUAUGGCAACAAGUUUGAUACCACAUGUAAGCCUUUAGCAUCCACAACUCAGUACAGUCGUGCAGUAUUUGAUGGUAACUAUUAUUAUUAUUUGCCUUGGGCAAACACAAAGCCAGUAGUGACACUGACUUCCUUUUGGGAGGACAUAAGCCACAGAUUGGACCCAGUGAACGUAAUCUUAACCAUGGUUGAAAGACUGCAAUUCAACAUAGCUGCCUUAAAAUCUGGAAUGCAGGCUAAAAUUUCUGAAAACCAGUUGGCUGAAAUAUGGCUAAAGCUGAUUGAUGAACUGGUAGAAGAUACAAGUAAACCAUUCCCCCUCAUAGAAGGUAAAUCCAAUGUCACAAUUCUUGACACACAGAUCCAAAAACUACGCCUCAGAUCUCUCAAACAAAUUCAAGAGGCAGCAACGAGGAUGAGACUUGAAGCUACAGAUAUGAAGGUCACUUUACCAGAAAUUGAAGAUUGGUUGGAUAAAUUAGUGCAGCUAAGUGAAGAGUCACAAAACAGCAUGCCUGAUGUAAUCAUCUGGAUGAUUCGAGGGGAGAAGAGACUUGCCUAUGCCCGCAUUCCCGCACACCAGGUUUUGUAUUCUACCACAAGUCCUGAAUCUUCUGGUAAACACUGUGGAAAGACCCAAACCAUCUUUUUAAAGUAUCCACAGGACAAGACCAAAGAUGUCAAAAUUCCAGUGGAGUUGCGAGUUAACAUAUGGCUUGGGUUGACUGCAGUUGAGAAGAAAUUUAAUAGCUUUGCAGAAGGCACAUUUAGUGUAUUUGCAGAAAUGUAUGAAAAUCAGGCAUUUAUGUUUGGAAAAUGGGGAACCUCUGGACUUGUUGGUCGUCACAAGUUUUCUGAUGUCACAGGAAAAAUCAAAUUAAAAAGAGAGUACUUUCUGCCCCCAAAAGGCUGGGAGUGGGAAGGAGACUGGACAGUUGAUCCAGAAAGGAGCUUGCUGACUGAAGCUGAUGCUGGUCAUACUGAAUUCACUGAUGAAGUGUAUGAAAAUGAGAGUCGCUACCCGGGAGGAGAAUGGAAACCACCUGAGGAGAGUUACACAGAUGUGAAUGGAGAAAAAGCUGCACCACCUCGUGAAUUAACCUGUCCCUCUGGGUGGAUCUGGGAAGAAGAUGGCUGGGCACCUGAUUUAAAUCGAGCAGUGGAUGAGAAUGGAUGGGAAUAUGGAAUUACUAUUCCUCCAGACAGUAAGCCAAAGUCUUGGGUUGCUGCUGAAAAAAUGUAUCAUACUCACAGACGGCGAAGACUAGUGCGAAAACGCAAGAAGGAUCCAAACCAAGCAGCAGCAGCAAGGGGAGCAGUGUCCUAUGAAGAUCAAGAAGGAUGGGAGUAUGCAUCUUUGAUUGGCUGGAAAUUUCACUGGAAACAACGCAGUUCUGAUACUUUCCGUCGUAGACGCUGGAGGAGAAAAAUGGCUCCUUCAGAGACUCAUGGUUCAGCAGGUAUCUUCAAACUUGAAGGUGCUCUGGGAGCAGACACAAGUACUGAAGAUGGAGAAGGAAAGAGCUCAGACAAGGCCAAAGACAGUGCUACCAGGGUAUUUGGGGCCAACACUCCGAUUGUUUCCUGCACUUUUGACAAAGUGUAUAGUUACCACCUUCGCUGCUAUGUGUAUCAGGCAAGAAAUCUCAUCGCUUUAGACAAAGACAGCUUUUCAGAUCCAUAUGCUCAUGUUAGUUUCCUCCAUCGAAGCAAGACAACAGAGAUUAUCCAUUCAACUCUAAAUCCUACAUGGGAUCAAACUCUUAUAUUUAAUGAAAUUGAAAUCUAUGGAGAUCCACAGACAGUAGCACAAAACCCACCUGAUGUGCUUAUUGAACUCUUUGACAAUGACCAAGUGGGUAAAGAUGAAUUUCUAGGAAGAAGUGUUUGCUCCCCAGUGGUAAAAUUAAACCCAGAAGUGGAUAUCACCCCUAAGCUUCUCUGGUAUCCUGUGAUAAAUAAUGGCAAGGCUGCUGGGGACAUCCUUUUUGCUGCUGAACUUAUUCUGAGGGCUAAGGAUGGCUCCAACCUUCCAAUUCUUCCAUCACAAAGAGCACCAAAGCUCUACAUGGUCCCUCAAGGAAUCAGGCCUGUGGUUCAGCUAACUGCUGUUGAGAUUCUUGCCUGGGGAUUACGAAACAUGAAAAACUACCAAGUGGCUCCUGUUACUUCUCCAAGCCUCAUUGUGGAGUGCGGGGGUGAAAUGGUGGAAUCUGUGGUGAUCAAAAACCUCAAAAAGACACCGAAUUUUCCAGGCUCUGUUCUCUUUAUGAAAGUGCUUUUGCCCAAGGAGGAGCUGUACACUCCAUCACUAGUUAUUAAAGUGAUUGAUCACAGGGCAUUUGGACGAAAACCUGUUGUUGGGCAGUGUACUAUUGAUCAACUGGAAAACUUUCGCUGUGAUCCUUAUGCUACUAUAGCAGAUAUUGCACCACAACAAAAAGUUAGUCUCUUGGCUGCUGCACCUCGCCGAGAUGUUGUUAUUGAAGUGGAAGACACACAACCACUGCUAGCAGCUCAGCUUAUGGAAAAGGAGGAAGAAAUUGUUGACUGGUGGAGCAAAUUUUAUGCUGCAAUUGGAGAGCAUGAAAAAUGCGGACAGUAUAUUCAAAAAGGAUAUGCCACAUUAAAGGUGUACCGUUGUGAGCUAGAGAAUGUACCUGAAUUUAAUGGCUUGAUAGACUUUUGUGAUACAUUCAAGCUGUACAGAGGUAAAUCGGAGGACAAUGAUGAUCCUUCAGUGGUAGGGGAAUUUAAGGGCUCCUUUAAAAUCUACCCAUUACCAGAUGACCCUACUAUACCAGCUCCUCCUCGUCAGUUCCGUGAGUUACCAGACAGUGGACCUCAGGAAUGUAUUGUACGAAUUUACAUUGUUAGAGCCUUGGAUCUCCAACCCCAGGACAACAAUGGGCUGUGUGAUCCUUAUAUAAAAAUAUCCUUAGGUAAAAAGGUGAUUGAAGACAGAGAUCAUUAUGUACCCAAUACUCUCAACCCAAUUUUUGGCAGAAUGUAUGAACUCAGUUGCUUCUUGCCUCAAGAAAAGGAUCUGAAAAUUUCAGUCUACGACUAUGAUAUGUUGACUCGUGAUGAAAAAGUUGGUGAAACCACCAUUGAUCUUGAGAAUAGGUUUCUCUCUCGGUACGGGUCCCAUUGUGGCAUACCACAGCAGUAUUGCAUUUCAGGUGUAAAUAACUGGCGAGAUCAACAGAAACCAACUCAACUGCUGCAGAACACAGCCAGGUUUAAAGGUUACCCUCCUCCUGUCCACUCAGAAAACGGUAGCAGGAUUACUUAUGGAGGGCAAGACUACACCUUGGAUGAAUUUGAGGCUAACAAAAAACUGCACCAGCAUCUAGGGCCAAGUGAUGAGCGUCUAGCACUUCAUAUCCUUAGAACUCAGGGCUUGGUACCUGAACACGUGGAAACAAGGACCUUGUACAGCACAUUCCAGCCCAACAUCGCCCAGGGAAAGAUUCAGAUGUGGGUGGAUGUUUUUCCCAAAAGCUUGGGACCUCCUGGCCCACCCUUCAACAUCACUCCCCGCAAAGCAAAGAAGUACAUCCUGCGGGUAAUUAUUUGGAACACCAAAGAUGUUGUGCUAGAUGAAAGAAGUAUCACAGGGGAAGAAAUGAGUGACAUCUAUGUGAAAGGAUGGAUGCCUGGCAAUGAAGAAAAUAAGCAGAAAACAGAUGUGCAUUACAGGUCACUGGAUGGUGAAGGGAAUUUUAACUGGAGAUUUGUUUUUCCUUUUGACUACUUUCCAGCUGAGCAACUCUGUACUAUUUCUAAAAAGGAACAUUUUUGGAGUCUUGACAAUACAGAAUUCAGAAUCCCACCCAAGCUAAUUAUUCAGAUAUGGGAUAAUGACAAGUUCUCCUUGGAUGACUAUUUGGGUUUUGUCGAACUUGAUUUGCAUAACACAAUUAUUCCAGCAAAAGUCUCAGAGAAGUGCACUAUCGACAUGAUUCCAGAAUACAAGGCAACCAACUCUCUCAAGGCUCCCAAGACUGCUUCACUCUUUGAACAGAAAUCCAUGAAAGGGUGGUGGCCGUGCUAUGUGGAAAAGGAUGGUUCACGUGUUUUGGCUGGUAAAGUGGAGAUGACUCUGGAAGUCAUCAAUGAAAAAGAGGCUGAAGAAAAGCCAGCUGGUAAAGGAAGAGAUGAACCCAACAUGAACCCCAAAUUAGACAUGCCAAACCGACCAGAAACCUCCUUCCUUUGGUUCACAAACCCAUGUAAGACCAUGAAAUUUAUAGUGUGGCGCAGAUUUAAAUGGGUCUUCAUAGGCAUUAUCAUCUUGUUGAUUGUGCUCUUGUUUGUGGCAAUCCUUCUAUAUUCCCUGCCGAAUUAUAUUUCAAUGAAGAUUGUGAAACCGCUUUAAAGAAGAUGUUUUAAAUAGUAAUGAGGUUGUUUUACCUCAGGCUAUAGACCAAAAAUAUACAUGCACCAAAUUCAGCAAGAUUCACUUCAUGGUUUUAAUGUUGUUUUCUUGUAGGUUAAACCAGGAAAUAGAUAAGGGAUAAGAAUUUAACCAAGGUUAGCCAAGGUUCACGGGGUCAUGACUGGUGUAAAAAGUCAUGUUCCAUUAAUAUGUUUUGCUUCUUAUACCAUGGACAUGCACAGAGUUUCUGACUUGCUUUUAAACAAGAUUUUUCAUAAAAAGUCUCUCAGGAGGUUCCUUGAUCUUUUUUUAAAACAGAGAUUUUAUACUGAGAAUUAAUUUCUACCAUGUGCACCUUGAAACUAUUUUUCAACUUAGUGAAAAACAAGCACUACAUAUAUUUUUGUAUACUUAAAAACUCACAGUGCAAUAAAAGGGUCAGAUAUUUUAAAGUUCACUGUAUUGUAUGCUUAAAAUUCUUUGUUAUCACACUAUUAACUUGACAGCACUGAACUUCAAACAGUAUGAGCAUGGAAAUGAAAUAAAACAAUACUAAAUUACUACUUA